CAAAUUACAUUUUUUAUCAAAAUUAUGUUUCGAAACUCCUCUUAAAGAUGCUCCACAAUGUGAUGUUACCGUGACAGGCUUCGAACCCUUCAAAGGUAUUAACAAUUCUUUGAAUUUGGUUGAAAUUGUCUUACUUUUCACAUGUUCUUUUUACACAAAUUACAUUUUUUAUCAAAAUUAUGUUUAGAAACUCCUCUUAAAGAUGCUCCACAAUGUGAUGUUACCGUGACAGGCGUCGAACCCUUCAAAGAAACUCUUCUUAAAGAUGCUCCACAAUGUGAUGUUACCGUGACAGGCGUCGAACCCUUCAAAGAAACACAUGGUUUUGACUUCAGGAGCGAAACUGUAAAAAAAUAUAAAUACAAACGGCAACAAUUUACCUGUCCAGUGUGUAAGAAGGCAGUAUAUAAUCUCCCGAGACAUCUUCAGGGAAAAGAUCACAAAUGGACGGCCGAGUCUGCCAAGGCGGUAGUCAGCCAUUUUUCUUUACGAAAAAAAAAGAUCAAGAAUACUGCUACUGAAAGUUCAUCGAAGCAGGACUAUCACACCCUUCGUAUAUGUCCGUUGGGACAGUGUGUCAAAGUCGUGAAAAGGUUAGACGACCACCUUUUAAAUUUUCACAAGAUGAAACGCGAUACAAAAUACUACAGUUUACUCAAAAAUGCAUCAAAGUUUUCGAAGCCAUUAAAAUCUGAUGUUGCUUUGGCUUCUCCCCGUAAACAAAUAUUGUCAAUCAAACAAAAAUUCAUGUUAAAAAGUAAUUUCGAAGAAUCAAAAACAGACCAGAAUCAGAUCGUUGAAAAAAAAGAAAAAACUUGUACGGUAACGAAUCCAUCACCUCAACAAUAUGCUACUGAUCAAGAUCCUUUAACUCCGUUGAAAAAUUACAAACCUGAAAAUACUGAUGCUUCCGCGGUAAAGAUAUACAGGAUGAUGCCUGAAGCAUGCAAGAGUGAAGUGGCUUCUACUAAUAGCGGAAGUGAUUCGGAGUAUUUACCGUCGAACGAUGAUGAAACGGAGCAAAUUGUUUUGCCAAAUGAUGAAGUUGAAUUUUUCUUUGAUCGCUUUCUUAGCUUUAUUUGCGGCCCAGACGGAGGCAUGAGGGAUAGAACGUCUUCUAUAAAUGUUGUAAACGAUGUCAGGAGAAUUUAUAAAAUUAUUGACGCGACAUCCGUAGCGGAUCUCUUAAAUAAAGAAAAAUUGAGGAAUAAAUAUUUAAUGGGAUAUUGUGUUAAGAAAAAACAUGCGCCUGAUUCUAUUAAAAAGUAUCUCUAUUCCCUAGAAGACUUUUGUAAUUUCGUGAUUGUAGAGGAUGUUGUUAUCCCAGGUAUAACAAUUGAGAAUAUUCAACAAAUGAAAGUUGUUUUCCGCUCCUGGCGAAAAAACUACAAUAAAGGCGCGAGAGACCGUUAUUGGGAGCGUCAAGAGACAGAUUUUUUAAUGAUAGUGACACCGCAACAAGUUCAAACAUAUCUUAAGAGCAAGAACGCGCAACUGGCAAAGGAGAUAUUUACUAAGUUAACUCAGAAUGCAAAUAUGGUGCUUUCAAAUACAGAGUAUUGUGCGAUUCGUGACCAUUUACUCGCUCUAAUUCAUUUUAGUAAUGGACAUAGAUCCGGUGUAACAGCAAAUUUGACAAUCUCUGAGUUCGAACGAGCGGUGGAAAUCGAUUCAACGUACUUAAUAAAAGUUCGCAAACAUAAAACGUUUACAUUUUCUGGUCCCGCUAUCAUAUCUUUGGAUCAAGAACAGUACGCUUAUCUUAAACUCUUUGUUACAAAUCGCAAAGCUAAUUUAUCGUUAGAGUUCGAUAAUGUCUUCGUUUCCUGCUCGGGAAAACAAAUGGCAUCAGGUUCAAUAAGUAAGCAAAUCAAUAGUCUGUGGGUUAAGUCCGGGAUCCUUGAUCCAGCGAAACAACCAAAAAAUCUAUGUUGUAAUGUCAUCAGAAAAAGCACAAGCACGGGUUUAAGAGAUGCAAGCUCUGGACAUUACCAAGAAGCUGCGGAUCUGAUGGAUCAUAGCCUUAAAACGGCCGAAAAACAUUACUUCCUUCGCGAGAAACAACAAGCCGCAGUUACUGCGGGACGUGUUAUAAGGCAACAUUUCUUGGAAGACGAACCCACGAAAUCAAUUUUAUCUACUCCUCCACGAAAAAUGGCGGAAAUAAAUGAGCAUGCAUCGCCACGAAAUCAAUGGAGAAUAGAGGAGGUACAAACAAUACAGGAAAUGUUUAAAGAAGAAAUUAAAAACAGGGAUAUAUCGAUGCUUAACGUAAGAGAUAAAAGACCUAUGCUGAAUGUACCUGUUGAUAUCUCUAUCAAGCAAAUCUAUGAUAAAGUCCGUAGCUUAAUGCGAUAUACUCCUGUUAAGCGACCUUUAAUUACUGAAACUGUAAGUACGGCAAGUAGUGUGCCACAGCAAAAAUCUUUAUUCAGAGGCAAGAGAAGAAGUUUAUUUUGCGAUAAAGAUGUUCAACUGCUACGUCAAAAGUGCUCGGAUAUUAUUGCUAAUGGUCCUUUAACGAAACAAGCUGUCACUAAGGCGUUGGAAGGGGAGGAUAUACUAAACAAAUUUACUUUUGUACAAAUUCGUACUCGUUUGGACUACGAAAGAAAACAACUAUGAAUACAUUUGUUCCAUGAACUUAUGCCAGUCAUUAAAACGAAUAACUCUUCGUUAAAAUUAUUAAACAUGUUAAUGUUCUGCUUUUGUUUCUUUACUAAUUGUUCUUAAAAUUGAUGUUGCAUGUUAUCCCAGAGGCAGCACUGCUAUCACGCACGAUACUGUACUUUCCUAAUUUUGACGACGAUUAUAAUACUGAGUUAAUUUUUGACAACUAGUUUUAAUUAAUGAAACUAAGUUUGGCUAAGCUGACAUUUUCUUUAAAUACAACCUUGAUUAGACAAAAUGUGUUUUCUUGCUAAUUUCAUUUUGUGUAUAUAACGCUUGAUGCACUGCUUUCUAAAGUUUAUAUUUUGUUUAUGAGCUGUAAAGGCAUUGGUCAUCUCUACUACAUCCUAUGCAUGAUUCUGUUUUAGCAAACUUGAAUCUUCUUGUUAUUACACCCUCUACUUUCGUAAUUUGUAUAAGCACGUGUUUUACGAACUCGUUUAAAAGUUAGAAUUCAAUUUAAAGUUUUUAGAAGAUGCUUCAUAGCAUUAUUAUUGUACUUUUUACCACACGUUUUUAAAGAAAAAAUUAGCUUUAAUGUAGACUGAAAUAUCUCUUGUUUGUAUAUAGUGAAAAAUGUUGUGUAUAAUGUGUCUACACGAAAUUGCCCCGGUUAAAUUAAGAGAUAUGGAUCCGGGACACGUAAACUACUACCUACACUUUAUUGGACUUGUCUACUACUUUUCCGUCAUGCAUACCUGAACUAUUAAACUAUUUAUUAAAGUAAUGGCUGCUGAAAAUAUCGACAUUGCUGUUGCUGAAAGUAUCAUAGGUGAAGUCAUUGGUCAAGAAGCCUUUUCUUCGACGAAUAAAAUUUUAGCUAAAAGUAUUUGUAUAUGAUAUUAGUAAAUUGGUUUGGCCUUGUUCGUUUCGGUUGAUUUUCUUAACAGUAUCGAAAAUUUAAAAAGUCUGGCGCACACCAUAGGCAAACUGGCGGUCUCUUAGGCCGUCGCUUGAGCUGUUGUGAAAAAAACUUACACGUCCGCAAAUAACCGAAACGAAAAAGUUGCACCACAAGUUAAAAUAUAAAAAUCGCAUAUAAAACAAUUGCAUGAUAACAAAACUUACGCUAAUUUAAUAAUCGCUAGCCAUGCCCUUGUGGUAUGCGGACAGCCGCCUCAGGUAACAAGCCGCCGCCUAAGAGACUGCUUAUAAACCCGAGGUAAUUUUACGAAGACUGUCCAAGUCUGCUACGGAAGGUGUAGUGGCAUUUGCUAUUAACUCUUUCUCUCUCUCUCCUGUUACUAUAAGAAGACUUCUGAUAGCAAAUUCGCUUUGGUUUAAUGUUAAAAAACGCAAGUCAAAUAUAUAUCAGUCUUUCCUAACUUGCAAAUAAAAACUCACAGCAGAAUAUAAUACUCUCAACCUCAAAAUAAAAUACUCUUGUCGCGUAUGUAGGGCUUAGAUUUUGUCACUUGUAACAAGCAACCAAAUUUAAAAUUAUUGAAUCCGUUACAUGAAAUUAGUUUGAGGCAUACAAUCCAUGUACUCUUUGCUUUUGUGUCAUCAAUACGUUUUAUAUGUACUUUGUGUAGGCAAUUUGGUUAUGCAACAUCUGCAUCCGAUCUAUCAAUCCUGCUACAAUAAACUAGUAUAACUGAUACAAAACUGUGAGCCCUGCUACAAGAAACUAUUCUUGUAAUACAAACUAGUCGGCUAAUAUAAUGUUAUCCCGCCCCGUUUAAAACCGUCAAUCCUAUGUCGAAAAGUCAGUUUCAGUAGUAGUGACUAAUGGACUAAUACAAUCCUACUAUUUUUUUUAUCAUUUUAUCUCGUAUUUACUUGUCGUAAACGAUUUUGGUCAAACAUAUAACAAUCCCGC